CCUGACUCAUAACCCCCUCCCUCCCCUUCUACUUACUCGUUCACCACUUCGUAAUCACCGCAUCUCCCAAGUCAAGGAAACAUAGAAACCUCCCAAACAUCGUCCCCAACCGAUCAACUCUUCGGCGGCAAUGGCCGAGACCGAUCCGAAACUCGGAAAUUCCGAAAUCAUACCCAAAGACACAGCUGAUUCAAACAGACCCACCAACCCCAUCUUGUCUCUCAUCCCAAACUUUCUCCAAAAUUUCAAAUUCCCUCCUUUGAAACAACAAGGAAAAGCGAAAGUAGUUACUGAUGAUUCGGGACCUCCGCCAAUCGAAACGGGUGUUAAGGACGAUUUGAACGAGGCAAAGCCGGGUUUCGUGAGGCUUCCGAGGAAGAGUUCGCCUGAGGUCAAACUUGAAGCUGAAGAAUGUGAGCAGAAUACAAAUACCAACCCUGUAGUUCUAUGGCAGGUUUAUGCAGUCGGAGGGUUCUUUGUUUUAAGAUGGGCGUGGGCAAGAUGGAACGAGCGGAGGGGAAGAAGGAAGCCAUCCGAUGAAGAACCAUCUCCAGCGGAUGACUAGUGUUUGAAUUGCCAUGCAACAGACUUUGCACUGUAUGAACUGGGGAGUUUGGUCAGGGGAUUAAAGGCCAGUUUUUUUUUCUUUUUCACUUGUUUAAGCAUUUAUAGCCUUCAACAUGACUCAUGCCUAUUCUGGUCACCUUGCAAAAAUAGCUUUCGAGGAACAUUGCUUUAUUAGUUUCCAAUUUAAAUACUUUCAAGUCCUGCUCUUUUUCCUACUUUGUACCGAGCUUUGCUUUAAGCCAGAAU